AUGAGCUCAGCCCAGGGCCCUGGUGCUGAGGAGGGGUUGCUCAUCGCCUUGUGCUAUGAGGUGAACGGCUCCUGCUACAAGACCUUGCAUCCCUUUGGGGUCCAGCUGGCCAUUUAUCUGACCUGUGCCUUGGGCACGCUGAUCACAGUGCUUGGGAACCUACUUGUCAUCAUCGUAGUUUCCCAUUUCAAAGUCUUGCACACCCCCACCAACUUCUUGCUCCUGUCCCUCGCCCUUGCCGACCUGCUUCUGGGGCUGACAGUGCUGCCCUUCAGCACUAUCCGGUCCGUAGACAGUUGCUGGUAUUUUGGAGAUGACUUCUGUAGGCUGCACACAUUUCUGGACACGCUCUUCUGCCUCACCUCCAUAUUUCACCUCUGUUUCAUUUCCAUUGAUCGGCAUUGUGCAAUCUGUGACCCUUUGCUCUACCCCACCAAGUUCACCGUAAGAGUGGCCUGCAUGUACAUUGGGGUGGGGUGGGCAGUCCCUAUGGUCUACACCUCUGUCUUCCUGUACACUAAAGCCAUUGCAGAAGGGCUGGGCCAUUUUUUGCAAGAUAAGCCCUGUGUUGGUAGCUGCCAGCUGCUGUUCAACAAGCUCUGGGGGUGGCUGAACUUCCCAGUAUUCUUCUUCCCUUGCUUCGUAAUGAUAGUUUUGUACGUAAAAAUAUUUACUGUUGCUAACAAGCAAGCCAGGUUGAUAAGCAACAUGAAGAAAGGUUUUGAGUCUCAGCUACACAUAGGAGCAUCCAAGAGUGAAAGGAAAGCAGCAAAGACUCUUGGGGUAGCUGUAGGAAUCUACCUGCUGUGCUGGCUGCCCUUUACUAUUGACACCAUGGUAGACAGUCUUCUGGAUUUCAUUACUCCCCCGGUUCUGUUUGACAUCCUAAUUUGGUUUGCUUACUUUAAUUCUGCCUGCAAUCCCUUGAUCUACGUGUUUUCCUACCGUUGGUUCAGGAAAGCCAUGAAACUAGUCUUAACUCAUGGGAUCCUUUGUUCCAGGACAUCUAAAGUAGACUUGUACCAAUAA